UUUCUGUAGGAAACAUUUGUCGGUCUCCAAUAGCUGAAGCAGUUUUUAGAAAACUUGUAACUGAUGAAAAAGUUGAAAAUAAGUGGAGGAUAGACAGUGCAGCAACAUCUACCUAUGAAAUAGGAAGCCCUCCUGACUAUCGAGGACAGACUUGCAUGAAGAAGCAUGGCAUUACCAUGAAUCAUAUUGCCAGGCAGGUUACUAAAGAUGAUUUCCAGACCUUUGAUUAUAUACUAUGUAUGGAUGAGAGCAAUCUAAGAGAUCUGAAAAGGAAAAGCAACCAAGUUAAAGAUUGCAAGGCCAAAAUUGAACUACUUGGAACUUACGAUCCACAGAAACAACUUAUCAUUGAAGAUCCAUACUAUGGGAACGAAAAGGACUUUGAAACUGUUUAUGAGCAGUGUGUUAGAUGCUGUAAAGCAUUUUUGGAGAAGUCUCAUUAAUGUUUCAUCAUUUUAUUUCUAAAAGAAAAUAAUUAGCUUCUCCUGAAAUACGUAAGGUUUACUUGAUUGAUGUAUUUAAAUUGUAAAAUUAUGCCUCAGUAGGUUCAAAACUUUUUUAGUUUUAUUUUAUAUUUUAGCUUUUCUGUCAUGUAAUUAAAAAAUAUAGAAAAGUUUGAAUUGGAUUAGAUGAUCAACCAUUUUGUCAUACAUCAGUGUAAUAAUAAAGUAUAUCAUUCAGAAUAAAUUUAUCUGUAAACUCUUCCAGUGCUUUCUCACAAGCACU